AUGAAGAAAACAUCGUCUUUAGUGUGGCGAUUUUUUGAUCGUUUAGAAGAGAAUAAGAGAUGUGUGGCGGUGUUGUGCAAAUUAUGCGAUAAGCAAUAUAAGUAUUUCGGAAAUACGACUAAUCUUCGAACACACUUGGUGAACAAGCAUCCAAUUCAAUGGGAUUUAUUGCAGAAUGGUAAUUUGGACGAAUCAGCUUAUCGCAACUUCGAAGAUGAUGAAAGUACAAAUCAAACAGCGGCUACUCCAAAACGAAGAAAAUAUGUAAAAGUCUACAAAAAUGAAAACGUUGAUGUCCUAGAAAAUUCAGAAACUGAUAUUGAACAAGGCAACAAUGAGGAUAAUGAAGCAACCAUUAACUUGGUGCAUGAAAUUAAUGAGAAUCGAGGUUCUGAUGAAGAAUGGCUGGAAGAUGACUGGACGCAUCAAGUUGAGACUUAUGAGCCUAAACGUAAGAUGAAAUACAAGCAAAUAAAAAGAGAACUUUCAUCACCUAUGCCGACAAAAAGGUAUAUCUACAGUCGAAAACCAAGUGUUACAAAGUCACAUCAGCAGCCCGGACGAAUUCCAGUAGAAAAUGUUGUUAAGAAAGAUGAAUUUUCUGUAUUUGGUGAAUAUAUUGGCAACAAGCUUCGGAAAUUCAAGUCAUAUCAGACCAGCGUUAAUGUUCAGCAGCUUAUUACAACUAUAUUAUGGCAAGCCGAGUAUGGAGUGUAUGAUAACAUGGAAUCAGUGAAAAGGGUUGUACUGAGCACAGUUCAAGAGAUGGAUACUUCUCAACACGUUACUCAUGAAGAAAUACAAGUGCCUGCUCAAGAAGUGAUCCUUGAAGAAAAAGAUCAAGAUGUUGCAAACCAAAGCUCGACUGAGAGUAUAUCUUUAAUAGAUUGA